AUUUAAUUUUCUCAACACUUUAGGACCACCACCUCGGUACUGUACCCUGACAUGUCACGGAUAAUAUUAAUUCAUAGUAUUAUUUCAAUAAUAAAAAUCAUAUUCUUAUUAUUAUUAUUUUCAUCAUCAAUACUCCCAAAAAAUCAAAAUGGCUUCUUCUUCAGCUUCUUCAACUCCUUCUCCUUCUUCCUCUUCCAAAUCUCCUCCUUUAAUAAUCUCUUCACGUCAUUCUCCACAAUUCACUCCAAUUCAAGAAGAACAUGAAUUUGAUGAAUACAACAACAGAAGCCAAAGCAGAAGAACAACACCAACAACUGCUUCAACACCAAAACAGCAUCUUCAUCAUCAUCCACCAACACCAAUUGUCAACAAAAACAGCACAAAAUCAAAUCACAAGAAAAAACGUUCUGAAACAGAACAAGAAGAUGGUUCUGUUUCAUGUAACAAAUGUAGACCACAUUCUCGUGACAAAAUUUUCAUACUUCCAUAUGAUCAUUCUUCCAACAACAACAACAAUAGAAAUUAUUCAUCUUUGUUAGCAAGUCCAAAUGGGAUUUUCAAAUCCAUUGUUUCAAAGCUAACAAGAAAAAGUCCAAUGUCAACAUCAACAACAUCAACAACAAACAACAAUAAUAAUGAAGAACAAUGGAAAAUGGCUGUUGCAGAACUUUCUCAUAAACUUGUUCAUGCUACAAGAAAAAGAGAUGAAGCUAUUCAAGAAGCUUCAAGGUUAAUGAAUUCAAUGUCUGAGUUAGAGAAAAAGCUUAACAAGCUUGAAAUUUAUUGUCACACUUUGAAAUCUGGUUUAGAAGAAUGCAACAUUAAUACUACUAAUGUUGUUGGUUCUUCUCAGAAAAAUUUUCAUCAUCAUGUUCAAGACACAGACAACGUUGUACAACAUUUCUUGGUGUCUGUUUCUGAAGCAAGAUCUUCAGUGAGGCUUCUAAGUCGUUCAUUAACAAUGCAACUUAGACACACAGGGAACAAAGUUUAUGAAAAAGUUUCAUUACUUUUACAACCUUAUGAUAUAAAAAUCUCUUUUUCAAAGAAUCCAAGAAGUUUGCUUUUUUACUUAGAAGCACUUUUGAACAAGACAUUUUUUGAAGAUUUUGAGUCAAUUGGGUUUCAAAAGAAUGGUUGUAAUAAGAUACUAAACCCAAUGGAAAGAUGUGAAUCAAGUUUUGCUUCAUUCAACAUGAUUCAUGGGUUGACUUGGGAUGAAGUUUUGAGUAAAGGGACAAGACAUUUUAGUGAAGAUUUUAGUAGAUUUUGUGACAGAAAAAUGAGUGAAAUUGUUGCUAUGUUGGGUUGGAAUAGAGCUUGGUCAGAACCACUUUUACAAGCUUUCUUUGUUGCUUCAAAAAGUGUUUGGAUGGUUCAUUUGUUGGCUAAUUCAGUUCAUCCAAGUUUGUCAAUUUUUAGAGUUGAUAAAGGUGUCAACUUUGAUUCUGUUUACAUGGAAGAUAUGGGUGGGGACAAGUCUUCAAGAUUGGUACCUAACAUGGUUAGGAUUAUGGUUGCACCUGGUUUUUAUGUCUAUGGUAGUGCUGUUAAAUGUAAGGUUCUUUGCAGGUACUUGACCAAUUCCAACAACAUCAAUAACCAUAGUAAUUAUGGUAAUAACAAACAAGACAAAGGUUCAACUCCAUCACCUUAAACUCACCAUCAAGGUUUUUUUUUUUUAAUAUGGAAUUGGAAAAUGUACUCUUAUUUUAGUUUUUUGGAGUUUGGAUCAGAGGUUCUAUUGUUGUUAUGUUGGUAAUCAAUGUGUAUAUUAUUAUAUUGGUAUUGUUAAGAGUAGUAACUUAUUAGACAUUUGAUUUGUAUUUUUCAUGCUUGUGUUGGUAUAUGGAGAUUUUUGGGUCAAAGUGAACAAUUUGGCAUUUUAUGGUUA